GCGUGUGUGCAGGGCGGCAGCGAAUCAGCCGCGCUGCCCGCCCCCGCCGGCAGCCGCCCUGCCCGCCCUGCCCGCCCUGCCCGUCCCCGCACACGGGCGGGGCGCAGCGGCCGCGCUGCCAUGAGCGAACGCCCGGCGGGGCCCCCCCGCCGCCCCCCGGCCCCCCGCACCUUCCGCCCCGGCAGCGCCCGCGGCCCCCGCCCGGCCCCGGCCCCAGCCCCGGCCCCGGCCCGGGGGAUGCUGCGGGGGCGGCGCGGCUGAGCCCCCCCGUGCCCCGACCCGCGCCCGGUUCUUCUUCCCCCCCCGCCGCCGCCGCCGCCGCCCGCCGCCCGGCCCCGCCCGCCGCCGCCAUGGCCGGUAAGUCCCGCAGCGGCUGCGAGGCGCUGAAGGUGGUGGCCCGGUGCCGCCCCAUGAGCAGGAAGGAGGAGGCUGCGGGCUACGAGCGCGUCCUGGAGCUGGACGUGAAGCUGGGGCAGGUGAGCAUCCGAAACCCCCGCGCCGCCCCGGGCGAGCUGCCCAAGACCUUCACCUUCGACGCCGUCUACGACGCCAGCUCCAAGCAGGCGGACCUCUACGACGAGACGGUCCGGCCGCUGAUAGACUCCGUGCUGCAGGGCUUCAACGGCACCAUCUUCGCCUACGGCCAGACCGGGACCGGCAAGACCUACACCAUGCAGGGGGCCUGGGCGGAGCCGGAGAAGCGGGGCAUCAUCCCCAUCUCCUUCGAGCACAUCUUCACCCACAUCUCCCGCUCGCAGAACCAGCAGUACCUGGUGAGGGCCUCGUACCUGGAGAUCUACCAGGAGGAGAUCAGGGACCUCCUCGCCAAGGACCAGAGCAAGAAGCUGGAGCUGAAGGAGAACCCCGAGACGGGGGUGUACAUCAAGGACCUCUCCUCCUUCGUGACGAAGAACGUCAAGGAGAUCGAGCACGUGAUGAACCUGGGGAGCCAGACGCGGUCCGUGGGCAGCACCAACAUGAACGAGCACAGCUCCCGCUCCCACGCCAUCUUCCUCAUCACCAUCGAGUGCAGCGAGACGGGGCCGGAUGGCGAGGAGCACAUCCGCGUGGGCAAGCUCAACCUGGUGGACCUGGCCGGCAGCGAGCGCCAGAGCAAAAUGGGGGCCCACGGAGAGCGCCCCAAGGAAGCGUCCAAGAUCAACCUCUCCCUCUCCGCCCUGGGCAACGUCAUCUCCGCCCUCGUGGACGGCAAAAGCACGCACAUCCCCUACCGGGACUCCAAGCUCACCCGCCUGCUGCAGGACUCCCUGGGGGGCAACGCCAAGACAAUCAUGGUGGCCACCUUGGGCCCGGCCUCUCACAGCUACGACGAGAGCCUCUCCACCCUCAGGUUCGCCAACAGGGCCAAGAACAUCAAGAACAAGCCCCGGGUGAACGAGGACCCCAAGGACACCUUGCUGCGGGAGUUUCAGGAGGAGAUUGUCCGGCUGAAGGCCCAGCUGGAGAAGCGUGGCAUGCUGGGGAAGAAGAGGAGAAGGAGCAGCCGGAGGAAGAAAGCAGUGGAUGGAGAAAGCGCCACGGAGAACGAAGGGGAGGACGACAAUGAGGACGGCCUGGAGAAGAACAUGGAGAAUUACUUGAAGGAGCAGAAGGAGAGGCUGGAAGAGGAGAAAGCCGCUAUCCAGGAUGACCACAGCCUGGUGAGCGAGGAGAAGCAGAAGCUUCUGCAGGAGAAGGAGAAGAUGAUAGAGGAUCUGCGGAAGGAGCAGGAGGCCACGGAGCUGCUGGCCACCAAGUACAAGGCGAUGGAGAGCAAGCUGCUCAUCGGCGGCAGGACCAUCGUGGACCACACCAACGAGCAGCAGAAGAUGCUGGAGCUGAAGCGGCAGGAGAUAGCCGAGCAGAAACGCCGGGAGCGGGAGAUGCAGCAGGAGAUGUUGCUGCGGGACGAGGAGACCAUGGAGCUGCGGGAGACGUACACCUCCCUGCAGCAGGAGGUGGAGAUCAAGACCAAGAAGCUGAAGAAGCUGUACGCCAAGCUGCAGGCCGUGAAGGCGGAGAUCCAGGACCAGCACGACGAGUACAUCCGCGUGCGCCAGGACCUGGAGGAGGCGCAGAACGAGCAGACGCGGGAGCUGAAGCUCAAGUACUUGAUCAUCGAGAACUUCAUCCCACCAGAAGAGAAGAACAAGAUCAUGAACCGCCUGUACUUCGACGGUGAGGAGGACCAGUGGAAGUUCCAGCCGCUGGUGCCCACCGGAGGAAACAGCAACCAAAUGAAGAAGCGGCCUACCUCCGCUGUGGGGUACAAGAGACCCAUCAGCCAAUACGCCCGCGUGGCCAUGGCCAUGGGAUCUCAUCCUCGGUACCGUGCUGAGAACAUCAUGUUCUUGGAGCUGGACCUCUCCCCUCCUGCCAUCUUUGAGUUUGAGCGGAGCAGGGACCCGGCAGAGCAGGACCCCCGGGCUCUCCACCUGGAGAGGCUGAUGCACCUGGACAGCCUCCUGGAGCGGCCGGCGGCCUCCCGCGUGAGGAAGUCCCGCUCCUGGUGCCAGACGCCGCGGUCACUGCCGUCCUCAACCACGCAUGCGUCCCUCGCCUCCAGCUCCCCGCGCGCCGCCACGAUGCCAGCUCAGAAGUGACGUCCUGGACCCCCUCGUCCCCCGCACCGCCUCGCAGCGAGGACUGUGCCCCGCCGAUGGCUGAGAAGGGGCCCCAGCCGGCAGCAUCUCCACCGGUCCCAGUUCGUCUUUGUCUUCAGCUACUUUGUGUGCGCGUGUGUUUGUGUGAGACGCUCACAAACAGCCCCCCGGGGCGAGGGGAGCCACCCCCUCCUUCCUUCUGCCCCCCCUCCCCGAUCCGGAUCUGUCACUUUAUUUAUUUAACGUAUUUAUUUAUGGAGUGGUUGAUGCGCAGAGUCAGGAGGCGCGUUCGGACUGGAGGACACCCAAGGCUGGCAGCGGGCACCACGCUCGGCUCCCGCCCCUCCCCACGCCGCAGCUCCCGCGCACGGCCAGGGCACGGGGACGCCGCCGGGGUGGGCACCACUGUUCACCAUCGUGCUGCGCGGGGCAGGCAGGAGAGGGCACGGCCCCUCGCCGGUGGCUUUGGCAGAAGGUGAGGCAGCCCUGGACUCUGGUGCUGCGUUUGCUUCGCUGGAUCCCCGGGAAUUUGGCGAUUUCUACGAGGAUUUGGAGAGCUCGUGGUGGUGGCACCUCGGGCUGGGCUUGUCAGAGCCCCGGAGGGACUCUCCAGCCUGCAUCGACGCCGGUGGCAGCAGUGACAUCUCAUUGACUUCUGGGCACGGCUGUCGCUCCAGGAACGCCGGCUCCGUCCACAGAGAGGGCUCGCCGAUGAACCCACCCGAACGUUCACCUCUGCCACGCUCUGCCCUGCGCAGCCGCCCGGCACCCAGCUCGCUCCCAGCGUGGACUCAGUGGGGGCUGGACUCCGUACAGCAAGAGCAGGAGAUGGAGGUCUCCGUCCCCUCCCAAAGGCACUCGUCGCCUGGGGAGCGGUGCCGCCGAGGCGAAAGCAGGGCUGAGCGUCCGCCGUCCUGGCAACUAAAGGCAGCGAAGAAACGCAGGAGCAGACGGCGAUGCCCGGAGGAGUGAUGUCAACAUGGCUCUCCUCCGGGCUGGGUCACACCACGUGGAGGUCACCUCGUAGCUGGGAGAAAUUUCCUGGUGAUGGCACGGGUCGUGGAGGGUUGGACGUGAAACGGGUAAUGGGUAAGGGGGGGUGAGCCGUAAAGCCGCUCCGGCGACCUGAAAGCCAUCGCAGGCAGCGGCACGCGUAGGUGCCAGCCGUUGCUCGGUGGGAUUCAGCCGUCGGCGGCCGGGGCGAGGGAGGGUGGGUAUUGUUGAAGACCGUCCCUGGCAGUGCCGGGCUCUGGUUUCCCUGGGAUGGCGUGCGGAUGUGCGGAGGCGGGGAGAGCUGUUUGUUUGACGAGAUCCUGGUGACUGAGGGAGCGACCGCCCGGCUCACGUGGGAGCGUACGGGUGGGCAGAGGAACGGUGCUGAGGCCCGUCCUGGGAAGGCAGAUCUGCAAAGACUGCAGGUAGGGACUGUCUUCUGGCCUCUUCCAGCCACAAAGAGAUUUUCUUCUGCUGGAGGACUGGUCACUGCUCGCCUCGACGACUCCUGCACACGGGACCUGGGGUGGGGGAGGGAAGGAGGCACAGACACGGAGCAGAACCCUCGGGAGCAGAACCCUCAGCGGUGUCUGUGUGAGCGCAGUGCGAGUCCCACGCGACAGGAGCGUCCCGUCGGCGUGCUCCACGUGCCCGGGCCGGGGCAUCCACGGACCUUCCCACCCAGCUCCCGGCACAGCCCCUGCUCCGCCGCGGCACCUUCUCCCCGUCCCCUCUAACACCGUCCUGCCUCAUCUUCUCGAUCGCUGCCCGCUGCCACCACCUUCCCUCCCCGCCGGUGCCCCGUGACACCUUCUGUCUCUCUGAAAUCUUUGUCCCCUUCUCCUGCGCCGCAGCUGGCUCGUGGGAGGUUUGGGAAGGUGUAGGUCGCUCCCAGGACGGAGCCAACCCUGCGAGCAGCAGCCAGCCCUGGUCUGUCCUCAGCCCGGGGAGGAGGGUGCGGGAGGAAGAAGGGCGUUUUAGGGGUGAGAAAGGGUCCCUCCCACGGCGUGGGUCAGGUCCUUCUGGCCGCAGGUACCGCCAGCAGCCGGGGGGUUGUCCGCGCGCGUCCCCCGGAGCGGGCUGGCUCUGGCACCGUGAAACACGGUGGAGGAGGGACCCGGCGCUGUGUUUGGGAUCCAGGAAGGCGUCUGGGAGUCAGGGUCAGGAAGCACAGACCGCAGAAAGGGGAGAAGCUGUCUGCGGGGUGGCCUGCAGGGAUAUAGUUUCCUUCCUUCCUUGUUCUCUAAUUGCCCCGAGUUCAUCUUCAGCCGGAUGAGCAGCCCGCGGAGCCCCGAGGUGGUGGACCAGUGGCAGCCUCUUUACCUCCGUUCUCUACCCAGGACACGGGAAACAAAGCUCGAGAGCUGAUGGUGCCCUCAUUCCCCCGGCUUGCCCCCGGCCGUGGAGCAUCGCGUCCACGCCGGUCUCCCACGGCCAACGCGUUGGUCCUCAUCCGUGUCCCGGCAAAGGCCAGGUCCAGGUCCAGCAGGACCGUGGUCACGGUGGGAUCCACGCGGCAGCAGAGCGCAGGACGGGCUGAGCCGCUCUCGACGCCCAAGUGCCGCUUGUAAAGGCAUCUGUCGUGCGCGUGGGGCUGGCGACCUCCCGUGCCCUCGGUCCGUCUCUCCGCCGCGGCGUCCUCAGCACAAGCCCCGAGCAAGGCCGGGAGCAGCCGCCGCCGACUUGAGCUGAGACCUGGCGAGCUCGUGGCGGCAUUUUUCCCUCCGCCUCGGGUGGCUCCGCAGCCUCUCUGCAUCGCUGCAGCAACCUCAGAUGUAUAUUUGUAAUGUUCUCUGGUCUUUGUAUGUUGGUGCGCGUGUAUUUACGUAUGAGUGUGCGUAGGUGGGUGUGAGUGCGCACGCGUGUAGCCAAGGGAUCUGUUCACCGUCGAUGUGACUGUACAGGGGGCAAAUCCCAGAGGGGGGACGGGGCUGGGCUGGGGCUUUUUUUUUUUUAUGUUGUUUCAUUGUUUAGUUAUUUUGGGUUUCAGGUUUGGACUUUUAUUUUUCCUCCCCGCGAGGGGGUGGGUUCGGGUCUGGUUCGGAUCAAUUGACAAGGUGAGGGCCUUGAUUAGGACCAAAUUUUUGUGCCUGUUGCUCUGGUGAUUUAUUUAGAAAUCAAAAGUUUACCGUACGGUGGCCCAUCCUCGUCACUCUAUACAUAUGAAUAUACAGGACAUAUUAUAAAUAUAUAUAUAUUAUACAUACCCUAUGGAGAGAGGUCGUUAGUCACCCGCUCCCUCUGGCUUUGGACGGACACCUCCGCAACGUGCUGUAACGUAGCUUUGAGCCAGUGCUGGGACGGACCAGAGAGCGCCAGCGCCCGUCAGAAAACUGGCAGUGACACCAAUAAAGGA